AUGCCACCUGCUGUUACCAAUGCUGACAGACAUACAGGAGCAGAAGAAGGGCAACCCCCUGGUUUGGUAUCAGUGGAUUCCUCGAGGCGCAGAAUGUCAGGACCCGUUUUGAAUACUCUUUCAAGUGCCAAUGUCUUGGGUCAGUCAAAUGGAUCAUCCAGGCGAGUUGCUGUUUCUAGUAGCCGUGAUGCAUUUGUUGGUGCUGAAUCAGAUGUUCGUACACGCACUGCUGAGGCUAGCUCUGGAGCAGCACACCGAAUUUUGGGUGGGCAAAGAAGUUCACCGAUCGGGUCUUCUGAUCCUCAGAGAGUAACACGGGCUGGAAGAAAUGCUUCUCAUGCCAAUAAUUAUGAAAGUGCCCUUAGAGGCAUGGACGGUUUGCAGUUAGAAAAUGACGAGAGGACCCAUUAUUAA